AGGCAAAGCAAAACACCACAACAACAAACUGCGAAACCCGAUUUUAGAAAAUUUAAAGUUUUUCAUACACGAUUUAGAUUCUUAAAUGCCAAAAAGAGCGAGAUCACCUUUUGUAAAAUGGAUGGAACCGACGAGAAUGAUUUGAAGCAUCCGAAAUCUCAGGAGAAUGAGCCUUUUAAGAGACCUUUGACUGGAGGAUCGUUAUUGCAAAUCGUCAAGCGCGUGAAUCGACCAUUUCCAAUUUAUCUUCACGUUCUGAAAGCCCGUGUUGUUCCUCAGCCAAACGGUGAGAUAUUCUACCGACUUUGGCUGUACGAUGGUCUUUACAAAACGUCUUUCGGCUCAACCAAUUUCGAUCGAUUUUGGAAGAGCAAAAUUGUGGGUGAAGCGGACAACAAGAAUUCUCUUCCGGCGGUGAUCAGAGUUCACAAAGUGAACUGCCUAACCUUGGCCAAAAUUAACAGGCCCAUGUUUUUCCUAGCCGACGUUCACGUUGAAGGUUAUAAAGAAGUGGAAGGUCUCGAGAAUGCAAUCAACCUGGAUGACUUAUUCGAAGGAGAUUUGGUUUGGGAGGUGGAAUCAGAGGCUGAAUUGAAAUUGAACACCCGAAUCAUUGAUAAAAUUGACGUCAAACCUUAUUUGAGUUUGUCAAAUUCAAAUUCAGCCGAACCAAGUCAAAAUGCCAUCGAACCAGAGAUGGACCAGACUAAAAAAUCUCAGCCUUCCCUUCAAGGAAUUGAUGCAUUAGAUGCAGAUUUAGCCUCUCAGGGUCAAGUGCGGGCUCGCUUGACCUUCAUUAGCCCUCUGCUUUGGAAACCAGAUGGAAAUUUUAUCAAAAGUUUAACCUUCUCCACAAGAUACUUUGACAUCAAAGGAACAAUCAGGCUCACAGAGGACAUGUAUUCAGCCCUGCCCCAGCUCAAGGAAUGCAUAAUUUUGAAGGACAUUCCUGAAGAGAAAACGAACAUAGUUUUUAAUACAAAUCAUUUCGGAGAAAGAACAAAAAGCAACCUCCUGCAAAGUGUUGCGUGUAAUUUCGUCAACUUGAAUGAUAUCAGACACCUGCAAGCAGACUCUACUUGUGAUGUGAUAGGGGUUUUAACCAAGGGUCCUAUGAGCAAAGACUUUGGGAGGAAGGAUCAAACAAAACUUGUGAUUUACAUUCAAGACCCAACCUGCCAUUUUGAAUUGCCGAUUGAAAUGUGGAAGAGUGCCAUUAAGGGCUACAACUUUGAGAACAACCCUGUCGUGGCGUUCUUGAGAGUGAAACGAUCGACUUUAAACAUGUCAAGUCUCGUGCUUAAAGCGGAGAGUAUGAUUGUGGUCAACCCAACGUGGCUGAAAGAGUGCGGAGAGUUGGAAAAGUGGAGGAGAGCAAAGCGUAACACCAACGAAACAGACACGUUUAAAGAGGCGGUCGAGCUUUUAAAAAACAAGUGUGAAGGAGAGGUUAUUAUUCAAAGACUGACACUGACCAAAACGUGGGAGACACUGAAUUUUAAAAUUACCUGCACUCUUUGUGGCCUGAAAGCUUAUGAUUUGGCACAAGUUACAUUUGUGUGCAAGGGUUGUGGGCCAGUGGAGAAAGUCUUAAUUGAAAAUAUUAAUACUUCUUUUCAAUUCUGCGAUGGAAUCAGAUCGGAAUGGGUUGAAAUUGAAGAUGGACCGUUUAGAGAUUUGUUAGGUCUUCCAGCCACCCUGUAUGGUACAAUUGGAGAACCUGAACUCUUCAAUAAAGUGCUUGCCAUUAAGGACAAAGAUUUUCAACUGAAAAUUUUGUGUCGAAAGGAGCAGAAAGCUACAAAAUUUAUUCUCGUUGACGGAAUUUUAUUGGAUAAAGUGGCCAAUGAUGAUGACGCCAUAAUGCUGUAACAAUUGUUUUUGGCUGGACCAAAUAAGAACAAUGCAUUAUCAAAGAUCUUUUUAAUUUUGUUUAGGUUUUUUUUUAAGUCUGUGAGAUUUCAUAAAUUAAAAUUUCAUG